GUCCCGCCAAGUGAUGAACCUCACGUCAUUGGGCCUUCUCUUCCCGUCCAAUUAAACAGUCAUUAACUCCCGACCUUCCCCAUACCCAAAAGUUCCCCCUCUUGUUACUUCUCUUUAAACUCUGUAAUUACCUUAAACCACAUUCUAUUUAAACCCCCCCUGCAAUCCCGCUCUUAAACACAUACGAUUAGUACUACAAAGCAUUCUUAAAUAAAGUUUAAAAUUACGAAUUAGCUCUCCUAAUCCCAAAGCUCUCUUCUCUUAAUUUACAACCCAUUUUGAGCGGAGCCGACCUUACACUGUGGCGGUGUUGUGUUCCCCUUUUAACGUCGGUCCAAAGUUUUCCCUAUAAAUAUCUGACUCCGAUCCACAUUGCCAACUUAUUACAGAAAAACAGAGUAUUAUCAUUACAAUGGCGAAAACUCAAGUUUUUCUUGCCCUGCUCACUUUAUAUUUCCUAUUCUUAAUUUCAGGGGUGUCAUCAGCAACAUUUACAUUAGUAAACCAGUGCAGUUAUACAGUAUGGCCGGGGAUAUUAUCCGGUGCUGGAACAUCCCAGAUUUCUCCUACGGGAUUUCAGCUGAAUCCAGGACAGGCCAUUCCCGUUUCUAUUCCGGCAGGUUGGUCGGGUCGUUUAUGGGGUCGGUCUUUUUGUUCCCAAGAUUCCACUACGAGUAAAUUCACUUGCGUAACAGGUGAUUGCGGCUCCGGAACACUGGAGUGCACCGGCGGAGCUGCUCCACCGGCGACUCUAGCGGAGUUCACACUCAACGGCGCAGAUGGGCUCGACUUCUAUGACGUUAGUCUUGUGGAUGGUUAUAACUUGCCCAUGUUAAUAACCCCACAAGGUGGGACCGGCGCCGGAAACUGUUCGGCGACUGGUUGCGUUGUUGAUCUUAAUGGGCCAUGUCCGGCGGAGCUGAAGUUGAUGAGUACCGGUGAAGGUGGAGGCGAGUGCGUAGCGUGUAAGAGUGCGUGUGAAGCGUUUGGGGAUCCAAUGUAUUGUUGUAGUGGGGCCUAUGCUACACCUGAUACAUGCAAGCCGACGGAUUACUCGGAAUUCUUCAAGAGUUCAUGCCCACGCGCAUACAGCUAUGCGUAUGAUGAUGGAACCAGCACAUUCACUUGUGCUUCUGCAGAUUAUGUCAUCACAUUUUGUCCUGCUCCUUCAACUAGUCAGAAAUCAUCUGGAGGACAAUACGCUGGUGGUGGCAGCAACGUUUCAUUGGUCAGUAGCAGUGGCAUUUUAUCCUCUGGUCCAUUACCAUUCUUAACAAGCUUGAUGAUCACCAUUCUAGCAACCCUUUUUUUGUGAAUUUCUUUUCUCUAAGAAUUGAAGUGGGGCAGUGGACAAUCCUUCAAAGUUAUUGUUGCCGGCAAGCAGAGAAUAUACCAACUUUUGCAUGUGAACUCAAAAGGCCAAAGUCGGCCAAUUUUUUGGACACUUUCAACAAUUGGUAUCCAUGUGACGUGAGAAUCUCUGUUUAUUGUUUUUUGAUAAUUAAAAAAAACAGCAGCAGCAUGAAUAUAGACCAAAGGGAACAAAAACAAGGACAAUUUGCCGAUGCAUAUAUAUAUAUUAACUGGAAUUAUCUCGAGUACUAAUUAAAGAUGGUUGGUUGAGAUUAAUUAGCAUUCAGAUAGGUUUUGUAAAUAAAUAAAAUUAAGUGUAGACAAGGUUUGGUGGCGUGAGACUAACAUCAUUUUUAUUUGUCAAGUAAUGUCCUUAUUAAAAAGGAUUUCGUCUUGUAACUUAUGAUGGAUCAGUGUGCAUAAUUUUGAUAUUAUCUUUUGUAGUCUAAAAUUGACCGCCGUAUUUAGUUUGCCUUGAUGAUGUUAGUAGGGUAAUAUAACCUUAUCUUAUAGGUAAUAUAAUAAAGGAUGGACUCACCAUGAUCAGCAAAAACAGAAUACAAAACGGCCGCCAAAUUGUUGAAGUCUCAAGUACAUGUAU